AUGAAUAUUUAAUAAACAAAAUAAAGCGAAGAAGUUUAAGAGACAAAAUGUAAGAGUCAUAAUUUAGAAUUGAUUGCAGUUGAUUUGGAUAUGUCAGAUAAAUCAUAAAUAAAUUUUUUUUGUGGUUAAUGUUUAGUCGAUAAAUUGAAUAAUAAUAAAGUGACAACUAUUUAGUAAUCAAAAGAAAGAAUCUAAUAAAUUAAGAUUCAAUAAUAAGAAAUAAAGACUAAAGAAAAUCAAGCAAGACUCAAUUAUUAUAAAAAUAUUUUAGAUUAAAUUAUGGAUUUUAAAAGAUCAAUAGAUGAUUCUUUUGAAAAAAUGCAUAAAUAAAUAUAAGAAUAUAUGUUUCCAAUUGAAAAGGAGAAAUAAGAAUUAUAAAAAAAUUAAAAUCAAUAGAAUUACUAUGAAGAUAUUAAAUAAUUAUCUAAAUUAUAUUCAUCAGAUUAAUAGAAAUCAAUUAAAUUAAUUGAAGAUAAUACUUUUAUAGAUUAAUUAACUAGAUAAUUAGAAUUGUUGUUUAAUAAUGCUGAAUAUUAGUAGACUUUAGAUAUAUUCAAAAAUACAAAAUAAAUAAUAUAAGAUUUAAUAGAAAAUAACAUUAUUGAAUUACCACCAUUAUAAUUAACAAAAAAUUAAUUUGUAUUUAUUAUUAAUUAAAUUAGAAAACACCAAGUUUAAAUAGAAUUUGCAUAAAGCAUAAAAAAGAAAUUAUUAUGAUUGAUAUAGAUACUUAAAAUAAGGAAAUGGAAGAUAGAUUUGCUUGUGUUGAUUGUAUAUCUCAAAAUCAAUCAAUUAAAUAUUAAACUAUUGAACAUAUUAAUAAAUUAUGGAUAGAUUACAAUUCAGAAUCUUAGAAUAUAUUAUUAUAAUAUAAGAAGGAAACUAAAAAUAAAAGAGAUGAAUUAUUUAAUUAAAUUACUUAAAUGAGAAAAAAUUAUAAUUAGAAAGUAAAUGAGAUUAGCAAUAAAUUAAUCUCAGAAUAAUAAUAAUAAUAAUAAUAAUAAUAAUAAUAAUAAUAAUAAUAAUAAUAAUAAUAAUAAUAAUAAUAAUAAUAAAUACUUCAUUAAACUAAAGAAUCAAAUUAAAUAAAGAAGAUUUCAAUAUAAUCUUUAGAUGAUGAAUAAUUAUUAAAAGAUUUAUAAUGUAUAAUUCAAAAAGAAAAAGUGACUUAAAAUUAAGCAAUAAUUAGUUUAAAAAAUAAAGAUUCAAAUUUUUAGAAAGAAAUUGAAAUUCAUUUAGAAUCAUUAAAAUAAUAUGAUUAAUUAGAUAUUUAGUAAACCAUAGAUAUACUCAAAGAUAUACCAAGUAUUUAUAUAUAUAUAAAUAUUUUAUUAGUUGAAUGAAAUUUAAUUUUAUAAUUAUCUGAACUUAUCUAAUCAUUUUCGAAUUAAAUAUAGACAAAUGAUGAAAAUUAUCAAAAUUAGAUUAAAUUUAUUAAGGAUUUCUAAGAAUUGAUUGAUUAGGCUAAAAAAAUUUAAUGUUAAAUCAACUUAUUUGAUAAAACUAUUACUUUAUUUUAAUAGCAUACUAAUAAGAUUGAAUAAAUUUAAUAAUAAAUUUCAGAUUAAACCAGAGAUUAAGUUAAUUAAUCAUAAUCAAUAUAAUUUUAAUAUUAGAAUCUAACAAAAUUAUUAAAUGAUUAUAUUGAUACUUUUGAUAUUAAGAAUAAAUAAAUAAAACAAUAUUUUAAAAUUUAAAAUUUGGAAUUGGAAUUAGUAACAUUAACAGAAUUAAAUAAAAAUUUAGAAAUUGAAAGUAAUAUUUUAAAUAAAUCAAUAGAAACCAAUUUAUUUAAUUAAAUUUCUACAUAAUUAGAUCAGACCUAAAAAGAAUUUUAAAAACAAUUUAAGGAAUAAUAAGACUAAAGUAUUUUUAAUUAAAAUUUUUAGAUUAAAAGUAAAUUGAUGAGAUUAACAAUUAAUUCUAAUUAAAAGAAAGAGAGAAAUUUGAUCAAAAAACUUAAGAAAUAAUAAAUCUAAAAAAGUUAAUUGAGGAGGAUAAAUUAAAAACUAUUAAGACUUUAGAAGAACAAAGUAUUCAUUUAUAAUUAUAAAUAGAAAACAAAGAAAUUUCAGAAAUGAGUAAAAAAAUUAAUUAAAAAGAAUUAGAAUUGAAAGCAGUUUAAAGACAACUUGAUUAGAUUCAUUACUAAAACUUUUAAAAAGAAAAAUAAUAAAAAUUAGAAUUAGAAAAAGUAUUUUAAAUUAUUAAUCAUAGAUUUAAAAAUAUCCUAAAAUAUUAUAGUUUUCUAAUACUCAUAAGGGUGUUGGUUGUUAAAUAAGUGAAGAUGGAAAAGUUGUUGUUGAGUGUAGUAGUAAUUGGUAUUAUUGUCUUUGUGAAUAAGCCAUUCCAAAGACUGGGAAAAUAGUUUUUGCAUUCUAAAUGAUAAGUGGAACAUAAUUUAUUAUUGGAAUUGGAUUCAGAGAUAUAAUAUAAAACAAUAAUUAUACAAAUGCAGGAUUUGGGAAUGGGUAUAUAAUUAAAUCAAAAUAGAUCUUAUUUGAUACGUGAUAACGGUUAUACCUACUCUCAUCAUAAUAAAGAUGGAAAUAGUAAAUAAUUAUCAUUCACUUAUACAACUAAUGAUAUAUUAAUAAUGGAAGUAAGUAUUGAACAUAAGUAUAUUAAAUGGACGAGAUAGAAUAAUCCUUUAGUAUCAGUUGUAAUUAUCAAAAUCAUAUUAGUAAUUAGAAAUAGAUACAUCCAUAUAAUCAGAAUUAUAUCCAUGUGUGAAUAUUUAUUAAUCCAAAGUUAAAAUAUUGGAUAAUAUUCCGAAUUGA